CUUUGCUGGCGAGUCGUGAAUCGUUGCUGGUCAGUGCGUCUCGUUUAACGACACGGGCUGCAGCGGCCAGCAACGGUGAAUGAUCGGCGAGCACGACGCGUUCGGUCCGGAAUCCGCUUGGAAAACCAGUUGCUCCAUCGCUCGUUUAGGACAAUGUUUUGGCCACGCAUAGUUCGACGUUCUCCACAAGAGUCUGAGUCCAGCGCGAAAACAACCCCCGCUAUUGGCGAUGCCUCGAAGAAUCAAACUCCGCCAACGCUUCUUUCAAGUUUAAGGAGCGUACUCUUCGUUAUCGGAACUGUAGUGAUCGGGUUCGCCGCCUUCUGUAAUUCUCUGACAUGGCAUUUACAAAGAUUCUGGGGUGCAUCCGGCGACUUUUGGCAAGCUCAGUGGGACAAAAUUUUGGAUAAAUUUGGAGAUGACCCUGUCACAUUAUGGGUUUACGGAUCUCUAGUGCUGACGAUCGCGGUUUACUGGAUCGUCGGUGGAAUUUACAUUAUCCUAGACCUCACCAACCGACCGUCGACGUUGCGCAGAUACAAAAUACAGCCCGGCACGAACGAGCCAGUGGACAAAAGGGAGUUAUGCAAAGUGAUCGCUCAAGUACUGUUCAAUCAGAUCGUCGUCGGCUUACCCAUUAUGUAUCUCGGCUAUUACUUCAUGGAAUGGCGCGGUUACCCCCCGGUGCGCGAGCUACCGACCUUCCACUGGGUGCUGGCCGAGAUCGCGAUUCACAUAUUAUGCGAGGAAAUUGGCUUUUAUUACUCGCACAGAUUUCUUCAUAAGCGUUCUCUAUACAAACAUAUACAUAAGCAGCAUCACGAAUGGACUGCGCCCAUAGCUGUCACUGCUUUGUAUUGUCAUCCCUUGGAAAACAUCGGUUCGAACCUACUUCCACCCUUCUUGGGCGUAUUCAUCAUGGGCUCCCACGUGGCCACCGCCUGGAUUUGGUUCUCGCUUGCGAUUCUUUCGACAUUAAAUGCACAUUCUGGUUAUCAUUUACCGUUCUUCCCAUCGCCGGAAGCGCAUGACUUUCAUCACUUAAAAUUCAACCAAUGCUACGGUGUGCUUGGCGUUUUAGACCGCAUCCACGGUACCGACACGCAAUUUCGCAACUCGCGGAAUUACGCGCGUCAUAUAAUGAUGCUUAGUCUCAUACCGCCCAGGGAGGCUUUCCCAGAUGAGGCAAAGUACAAGUCGAAGUAAAGGGACCUCUCGGUGACCCUGUAUGAAAGUUCACAGAAGGUAAUCUCCGAAGAAAAAAAUUUAUUCGCGUUGAAUGCAAUUUCCUCAGCGGCGACCGAGUUCGAAAACAAUAGAUCGUAAAUAUAAUCGAUUUUAUCCGGUGGAGCGACAAUUAAGCUUCUUCAACAAAAAAAAUUGAAUUAAUUUCAAUAAAUGCGUAAUUAUCGAACGUUCUGUAGCAAUUAUCUUUUUCAAUUGGAGAAUUCAUAAGUAGUAAUCACGUUUACUUUUAUAAAUGAUUUUUAAUAGUUUUAGCAUUGAAUAUUAACAUUCCUUUUGAAUUUAUCCUUAUCAACGCUUCAUUUAUUCCUGUGUCAAAAUUUGAAAUUUUCCAUAUAUUUGUUUUAAUUUUAUUCAAUGUAUGUAUCAUAUAUAUGUAGUGCAAUAUUUAACUUACUGGUUAAAUAACUCUCGUGAAGGAAACUCGGCUCACUGAUUUAGUGAUAAUGACUGUAUAUACAAAUGCCAUUCAAGGUUGGACUGAAUAGAGAAAAUAGCGAAAAGAUUCCGGAGGUUUGAGGCAGGAUGAUUGAAUUUAUAUUUGUAAACUACCAAUAAGAGGAUAACAAAGUUAUUAAGAAGAUUCGAUAGUUGCUUUAUUUUUACUUUAAGAGCAACAAACUGCAUUUUCAAUUAUCUAAAUCUUUGUUGGAUUGAUUUAUAAUAUAAAUAUCUCCAAUAAAGCCUUCAAUUUCCAAAUUUACAUGUUACAUUGAUUCAUAAAUAAGUUCUGCUUGAUGGUAAAAAGUCCCUCAGUUACAAAUCGCUACACAUAAUUGUGCAUACCGUCUUACAAGAUUGUGAAAGUGAAACCUUAAAAUAGAGGAUUUGAAAGUAUAUAUGCGUCACAUAAUGCCUUGGGAAUUUAAAGACGGGAAUAAUACUGUAGCGAUUAAAGAAAUUUUAACGUAUAUGAAAGUGUCGUAACAAAUCGAGCAGAACAAAAGUGGUUUGCGAAGGUUUUUUACAGAGACAAGUUUGAAAGAUAAAUUACAGACAGAUCGUAAUUCUGACAUUAAUGAUAAGGUUUUAUUAGUACAACAAAAUUCACAGCAACAUAGGAGAGACACUAAAUAAUCGCAACCCAUCAUAAUUCCGUCAUGCAGAGAAAUAGAAAAAUUGAAUUUAUUUAUGCAUCAACUUAAUAUUUCAUUUAUAUACGGGCAAAUUUGUUUAUGUAUUUAGUAAAAUUAUAUUCUCAAAAUUGUAUGAGACGGAUAUGUGAAAUUCUCCGAUAAUUAUUUCUCGAAUUUUUCUUUCAGUUCAACCUUGGCGCCAUUCGUACUUUUCUAUAAUAUUUGUAGUAUUAUUGUUAAAAGUAUAUGUAUUAUUGUAUUUAAGCUGUAUAUUCAUGCACAAAUUCUUACAUUAAAUUUAAAGCGUAUUUUUUACACUCCUGAAACUUUCUUAAUGUAAUAAAUUGACCAGUUUACUUUAUUGAUAAUGAUGGAAAAAGAUGAAGCGAAAAAUAAAAACUAAAGAUUUAUUAUUAUUGAUAUUAUCGUAAAACUUCUAUUCAUACAUUCUUAAGCUGAUUCACAUUUAAAAUUACAUUACUUUUGUAAUACUUUCAUGUAUAUUGUAUUAUAAAGACAAAUAACAUUUCAAAUAAAGAAAUUACUAUUUUUAUAUUUAGUUCCAUAGCGCAGGCAUUAACUUGAUUUAAUUUUAAUCUAAGAUGAGAUAUAAAUAACUGUACUUCUUUAAAAUAAAUAUAACUUUAUUAGAAUAUUAGAAAAAAGGACGUUUAGGAAUUUGGAUUUCUCCUUACACUGAGAGAAAAGUAUAUUAAAUCAAAGUAUAUCAUACUGAUUACAUAGAAAUAGGCGCACACUUAUAUAUUAACACCAAUAAUUUUAUCUGACAAUGAAUCUUUGGUGUAAAAUAUUUUCACGAUAUUCUGCAUUUUUCUCGCGAGAGAGAGAGAGAGAGAGAGAGAGAGAGAGAGAGAGAGAGAGAGAGAGAGAGAGAGAGAGAUAUCCCCAUUUGCGGAAACUGAAUUAAAAGCAUAAAUAUAUAUUCUUGUCUUAUUUUACUAACUGUAAUGAUUUUAAGUCGUAUUAUCUAGCAAGAUUUUAUCACGCUGUUCUGGGAGAUCUUAAGAGGAUUUAAGGAAAAAAAUAUAUAUAAAACUGUUACUUUAAAGCCACCUUAGAUCAUUGUGUGAAGAUUAAUGAGAAAUAAACCGAAGAUCAAUGUUUGAGUGUGCAGAUGUGUAAAGCGUGCAUAUAUGUAAAGCUCUCUUUCUGCAUUGUGAUUACUCGAGUAUAAGGCUCGUAAUUAACAUGUACCAUUAACGUUACUGAAUUUAUGUACCUAUAUGAUAAGCUUAAUAAUAAAAUCUUUACAA